AUGUGGAAACAACUUCUCAAGGUGAGAGAUACUCUCAUAAGUAAAUUUGGGAAUGUUUAUAAUCUGCAUAAUGCAAUCAACAAAUGCUGUUCUGGUGGCAAAAUCAUUAUAUCCUCUAUUUACAAAGAAAUUGCACAGCAUUCUCCUAAGGUGCACUGGUCAGACACUGUCUGGGACAAUUGGAAUUUCCCCAAGCACUCUUUUAUACUUUGGCUAGCUAUUCAUGCAAAGCUAUUAACACAGGAUAUGUUAUGUCAUUUGGGAAUACUGGACACAAAUGUAUGUGUCUUGUGUUCAAAUCAGCGCAAUGAAACCUGCCAGCAUCUCCUUUUUGAAUGUCAGUAUUCUGUUGAGGCGUGGAACAAUAUGAUGAACUGGCUGGAAUACAAAUGGAGGUCUUGUAGUUGGGAAAGUAUCAUCGACUGGUAUAGCAACAAGCUAAGGGGAAAGGGGUUCAUGAAGAAACUGAAGAGGCUAGCUUUAUCUGCUACUGUGUAUGCGAUUUGGAUUGAGAGGAAUCAACGGAUCUUCCAGCAAAAGUUUAGAGCUCCUGCAGUACUAUUUCGAAAUAUCAAGAUCUCUAUACUUUCAAAAAUCUUGAAUGACAAAAUCCAUGUAUACAUAAAAGAGAAAAUUGAGAGAUUGUAA